CCGGCCCGCACCUCAGACCCCCCCGGCGGGGGGAGGCGCAGGAAGGGGGGGGCCGGCCAGGGUCGGGCUGGGGAGGGGGGGCCGCGCAGCCCCCCCGGGCCAUGCUGACUCCCGGGGCCUGACCCCCCCGGGCCAGCCCCCCCUCCCCGAGCUCCGCGGCCCGCCGACUGGGGGGGGCCCAGCCCAGCCCCCUGGGGACCCCCGGAGAGGUGGGGGGCAGCCGGGGGGGCCGGGACGGAGCGGUCGCCGGCCCCCACCGGAGGGACGGGGCGACCGGCCGCAGGGGGGGCGGCCGGGGGGCCGGUCGGGCCGGGACCAAGGGCAUCAUGUCGUCCGGGGGCAAGGAGGGGGGCGGGGGCUCCCCUGCCUACCACCUUCCGCACGCACACCCACACCCACCCCAGCACGCCCAAUAUGUGGGCCCCUAUCGGCUGGAGAAGACUCUGGGCAAAGGACAGACAGGUCUGGUUAAACUCGGGGUCCACUGCAUCACGGGCCAGAAGGUUGCCAUCAAGAUCGUGAACCGGGAGAAGCUGUCCGAGUCGGUGCUGAUGAAGGUGGAGCGGGAGAUUGCCAUCCUGAAGCUCAUUGAGCACCCACAUGUCCUCAAGCUCCACGACGUCUACGAGAACAAGAAAUAUUUGUACCUGGUUCUGGAGCACGUGUCUGGAGGUGAGCUGUUCGACUACCUGGUAAAGAAGGGGAGACUGACCCCCAAGGAGGCCCGGAAGUUCUUCCGCCAGAUCGUGUCGGCGCUGGACUUCUGCCAUAGCUACUCCAUCUGCCACAGAGACCUGAAGCCUGAGAACCUGCUUCUGGACGAGAAAAACAACAUCCGCAUCGCGGACUUCGGCAUGGCGUCCCUGCAGGUGGGGGACAGCCUCCUGGAGACCAGCUGUGGGUCCCCUCACUAUGCAUGCCCAGAGGUGAUUAAGGGGGAAAAGUACGAUGGCCGCCGGGCAGACAUGUGGAGCUGUGGAGUCAUCCUCUUCGCCCUGCUUGUGGGGGCUCUGCCCUUCGACGAUGACAACCUCCGCCAGCUGCUGGAGAAGGUGAAACGAGGCGUCUUCCACAUGCCCCACUUCAUUCCUCCAGACUGCCAGAGCCUCCUGAGGGGGAUGAUCGAAGUGGAGCCGGAGAAAAGGCUCAGCCUGGAGCAAAUUCAGAAACAUCCCUGGUACCUGGGAGGGAAACACGAGCCGGACCCGUGCCUGGAGCCAACCCCAGGCCGCCGGGUGGCCAUGCGGAGCCUGCCAUCAAACGGAGAGCUGGACCCUGAUGUCCUGGAGAGCAUGGCUUCACUGGGCUGCUUCAGGGACCGCGAGCGGCUGCAUCGCGAGCUGCGCAGCGAGGAGGAGAACCAAGAAAAGAUGAUAUAUUAUCUGCUUUUGGAUCGGAAGGAGCGGUAUCCCAGCUGUGAGGACCAGGACCUACCUCCUCGGAAUGAUGUUGACCCACCCCGGAAGCGUGUGGAUUCCCCCAUGCUGAGCCGUCACGGGAAGCGGCGGCCAGAGCGGAAGUCCAUGGAAGUCCUGAGCAUCACGGAUGCCGGGGGUGGUGGCUCCCCGGUGCCCACCCGACGGGCCCUGGAGAUGGCCCAGCACAGCCAGAGCAGAUCCCGUAGCGUCAGUGGAGCCUCCACUGGUCUGUCAUCCAGCCCUCUGAGCAGCCCAAGGAGUCCGGUCUUUUCCUUCUCACCGGAGCCCGCUGGAGAUGAGGCCCGGGGUGGGGGCUCACCGACUUCCAAAACGCAGACGCUGCCUUCUCGGGGCCCCAGGGGUGGGGGCGCCGGGGAGCAGCCCCCUCCCCCCAGUGCCCGCUCCACACCCCUGCCCGGCCCCCCAGGCUCCCCACGCUCCUCCGGGGGGACCCCCUUGCACUCGCCCCUGCACACGCCCCGGGCCAGCCCCACUGGGACCCCAGGGACAACACCGCCCCCCAGCCCCGGCGGUGGCGUCGGGGGAGCCGCCUGGAGGAGUCGUCUCAACUCCAUCCGCAACAGCUUCCUGGGCUCCCCACGCUUUCACCGGCGCAAGAUGCAGGUCCCCACUGCCGAGGAGAUGUCCAGCUUGACGCCAGAGUCCUCUCCAGAGCUGGCAAAACGCUCCUGGUUCGGGAACUUCAUCUCCUUGGACAAAGAAGAACAAAUAUUUCUCGUGCUAAAGGAUAAACCUCUCAGCAGCAUCAAAGCGGACAUUGUCCAUGCCUUCCUGUCGAUCCCCAGCCUGAGUCAUAGUGUGCUGUCACAGACCAGCUUCAGGGCUGAGUACAAGGCCAGUGGUGGCCCCUCCGUCUUCCAGAAGCCCGUCCGCUUCCAGGUGGACAUCAGCUCCUCUGAGGGUCCAGAGCCCUCCCCCCGGCGGGACGGCAGCGGUGGUGGUGGCAUCUACUCUGUCACCUUUACUCUCAUCUCCGGUCCCAGCCGUCGGUUCAAGCGGGUUGUAGAGACCAUCCAGGCUCAGCUGCUGAGCACUCAUGACCAGCCCUCCGUGCAGGCCCUGGCAGACGAGAAGAAUGGCACCCAGACCCGGCCUGCCGGGACCCCACCCCGAAGCCUGCAGCCCCCGCCCGGCCGCCCAGACCCAGAGCUGACCAGCUCUCCCCGCCGAGGCCCCCCUAAGGACAAGAAGCUCCUGGCCACCAACGGGACCCCCCUACCCUGACCCCAGGGGGCCGGGGAAGGAGGGGUGCCCCCUCCACCCCCCUUCCCUGCCCCCCAACUGUGAAUCUGUAAAUAGGGCCCAAGGAGUACGUAGGGAGGGGGGGAGACACAACAAACCCGGCCUUGCCCUGCAGGGAUAGGGC